AUGAAAGCGGAUGCAAUAGUCUGUAGAUCUGUGGCAGCAGUUCUACAAAAAUCUGUGGUGGUGGUGGUGGUGGAUGCGGAGUUUAAAAGUAGAGGUGGAUGCAGUUUUACAAAAAUCUUGAAAAAAAAGAAGAGGCACCCAGUGACUUGGAAUGUGACCGGCGGUUCUCCGGCUAUUCCUCCGCCGCCGAAGCCUUUACAAGCGAACCGCGAUGUUGAAAAGGGCGAAAUUAAACCCAAGGACAACUCAGCAAUGAGAGAUGGCGGAAUGGUUAUUCUAGGUGCUGCUGCUGCAACAGUUGUCACCGCGGCUGUUAUUGAUAGUGCUUACAAUGGAGGAGGAACAAGCGGUGGCUGUGGCAGCGGAGGUAAUGGCGAUGGCGAUGCUGAUGGUGAUGGUGAUGGUGAUGGUGGUGGAUGUGGUGGCGGAGGUGGUGGUGGUGGUGGAUGUGGAGGCGGAGGAUGUGGUGGCGGAGGAUGUGGUGGUGGUGGAUGUGGAGGUUAA